CCACGGGUAUACAUGUCGUGUAAUAAAUACGUGUGACCGAUGAGAAAUUUCAAUUGCGGCUACUACAAGCUCCCAACGCCAAGGGUAUGACGGGAGGGGCCAAGCUACGACAUUCAAGACGACAAACCUCGUCCUCCUGCCUCCUCCCAGAACCUCCAGGACACAAUAUCUCUCGGUUUCCUACAAAUUCCCUUCCCUACACACAAUACGAAGCCUCCUACACCACGGAUCUCACACCCCAUCACACGGCCACAGCUUCCCAAGCUCCAACGUCACAUCCACAAACCCUCAACUACCCCGCCAUGCGGUGAUAACCCACCUCACCACCUCACCACCUCAACACCUCACACCACCACCACACACCACAACACCCACCCCCCCCCUCCAAAAAUGCCCUACCCCUUCACCCUCCCCACCACCUCCCCCCUCCGCCUCCCGUCCCACUUCGACUCCCCCACCCACCCCUCCCUCCCCGUCCACACCUCCACCCUCCGCUCCCCCCUCCGCUCCUCCCUAAAAACAUACAAGCGCCUCCCCCCCCCCAACGCGCCUCGCAUCUCCCUGCACUCCUUGGGACGAUCGAAGCUUAUUACCCUGCCCUCCUUGCGCUUGAUGCGGGGGACGAAGAGGUUGGAGCUGAGUUCUUUGGAGUAUGAAGUCUUCUUCACGCUAGCGACAUUAUCGUAUUUGCAUACGCUGCUUGCGAGAACAGCGCUGCACCCCCUCUACACCACCACCUCCCCCUCCCCCUCCCCCGAGGUGCGAACAACACUCAUCACAAAAGCAACGAAACACCUCCUCCAAUCCGCACAAAUCCACCUCUACCUGACCCACCGCGCCGACACCCUCCGGACCACCUCUCCCGUCACACCCCCCGCCUUGGACAUCUCGCCCCCCACCCUGCGCGCCCUAUCCGAACUCGCGCAUGCGGAGGCGACGCUGCUGGCGGUGUUGAAGGAUGACCCCUACCCCGCGGCCCUCGCGCAAGAGCGGAACGAAAACGACAAAGAAUGGAUGAUCCGCGCUCCUUCUAUUCCGAAGGUGAGGGCACAUUUGUUUGCGAGGUUGUGUCUAGCGGGCGCGGCGCACGCGGAGACGGCGUUGAGUUUACUCGCUGGGAACGAGGCGACGGAGGGGAAAUUGCUGGGAAAGGUUGGGGCUGGGAAGGUAGAUGAGGGGCUGGUGAGGUAUGUGGAUGAUUUGAGACGCGUGGGGAGGGCAAGGGCGUGUCGGUUUUUGGGGAUUGAUCGGGAUUCGGAUGGGAAGACCGGGGAGGCGAUCGCGUGGCUCCGCGCGGGGAUGGGGGAGCUGGGGCUCUCUUCUUCCUCUGAUGAUGGUGACGGUAAUGGGAAGAAGCGCAGCGGCUUGGGACUCAGCAGGCUUAAGUCCAGUUUCUCAGAGAAGCGGGAAGGCAAACGCGUCGAGAAAUCCGGUGACUGGGGUGCAGACGCGGGGAAGGCAGAAGAGGCCCGCGUGCUGGCUGCGCUGGAGACGAAGUGGGUGAGAGAGAAUGAUACGGUGAAUUCGCAACUCAUCCCCGAUGCGGGGGGGUUGCUGAGGGAGAUGCCGAGCGGGAGGGAGAUCUAUACGGUUAAGGCGUGGGAGCCUGUUGUGUUGGGGGGGGGGAGUUGA